AUGAACACUCUAGGUCUUAGUAUGAUAUUGAAAAUGGGUUGCAUUUGUACCAAGGAACAUUUAAACAUAAACGGAAUCAAAUACGUUGUUUUAGAACGUCUAGGCGAAGGCGGUUUCUCGUGCGUAGAUCUCGUAGAAAAUACAACCACGAAGAAAAAGUAUGCUUUGAAAAGAAUAACGUGUCACAGUAUAGAAGAUCAAAAAACUGCAAUGCAAGAAAUAAAUUAUUAUAAAAAACUUAGGCAUCCCAAUAUAAUAGAGCUUGUCGAUUCAACGUUUAAAGGUUCAGCUGACAUUGUUGUCCAUGCAACUUCUGAAGCAUUUUUAGUGUUACCUUAUUACAAACGAGGUACAUUACACGAUUACCUAACUUUAAGAUCUUUUAACAAAAAUUAUUUAGAUGCUAAAGAUAUUUUAAGAAUUUUCUCUGAAGUGUGUGAGGCUUUAAAAUUUUUACAUGAUUUUACACCAGAGUCUAUAGCACAUAGAGACUUAAAAACUGCUAAUAUUUGCCUGACUGAACAUGCUGAUCCAAUAUUGAUGGAUUUAGGUUCCUGUGCCCCAGCUAAAGUACAAAUUUGCGGUGCUCAAGAUGCGCAAAAAUUGCAAGAUUUAGCUGCCGAAAGGUGUUCCAUGACUUAUAGGGCUCCGGAACUCUUUCACGUUGAAAGUUAUUGUGUUAUAGAUCAAAGAGUGGACAUUUGGAGCUUGGGUUGUGUAUUGUACGCCAUGAUGUAUUUUAAAUCUCCCUAUGAUAUUAUUUAUGAACGAGGAGAUUCUGUGAAUUUAGCUGUGAUAUCGGGGACUGUUCAUUUCCCCCAAGAAGCCCCCUUUAGUGAAGACAUCCACGACUUAGUACGUUACUGUUUAGUAGUAAAUCCAUCCGAAAGGCCUUUUAUAGACGCAGUAAUUGAAAAAACCAAGGAAGUGAAGAAUAAAAUAGAAACAAUAGUAUAA